CUACAUCAUUUGUCUUGUCUUUAGACUCUCAUUAAUCUGUUUAGUUCCUCUAUUAUAGCUCUAUUUAUGUUUUUUUUUUUAUUUACAUUUAAACAGUAAUAAUUAAAUGUCAUAAUAAGCUUUAAAAUGUGUUCCCUUAUGAUUUUAAGAAGAUUUAGCGUUUCCGCGUCAAGUAGAACUAGUUUCGCAGAAGAACUUCAAAAAAACUAUAUUCCUACCAACACAUUUCAACGUACUUUAUUAUCAUGUGGAUCCGCAUUAGUUUCUCUUUUGAAUCCUCAUCGAGGUGAUAUGAUUGCUUGUUUAGGCGAAGUAACGGGUGAGGCUGCUAUUAAACACAUGCGACAAAAGAUGCUCGAAACUCCUGAAGGUGCCGAAAUAUUAAAAGAAAUGCCCCGAAUUAAUUCCAAAACGGUUUCAUUUGAACAAUUGUCUCAGAUGCCAAACAAUACCGUAGGUCGUGUAUAUGCCGAUUUCAUGCGUGACAAUAAUAUUACUGCAGAUUCACGACUACCUGUACAAUUUAUAUCCGAUCCUGAGUUGGCUUAUAUUAUGCAGCGCUAUAGAGAAGUUCAUGAUCUGGUUCAUGCAACUUUAUUUAUGAAAACCACUAUGCUUGGGGAAGUUGCAGUAAAAUGGGUGGAAGGCAUACAAACUAAAUUACCUAUGUGUAUUAACGGAGGCAUUUGGGGAGCUGGAAGACUAAAACCUAAACAUAGACAACUUUAUCUGAAAUAUUAUUUACCAUGGGCUAUAAAAACUGGAAACAAUGCAAAAUUUUUCCAAGGAAUAUAUUUUGAAAAAAGAUGGGAGCAGAACAUUGAUGAUUUUCAUAAAGAAAUGAACAUUGUUAGACUAAUCCAAAAAUAGUUUAAAAAGGUAGUUUUCACCUAUUCAUCAUAAAUACAAAUCUGAUUCAAAGAGAAGCAGAUAUGUGAAUUGUGAUUAUAUACUUAGUUAAUUUAUAUUAUAGUUAUUUGUUGUAGUAAUAAAAUUACAUGUUUUUGUUAUUAA